CUAGGGUUUCUCUAAAUCUUCCAGUCGCAAACCCAUCAGGUAGAGGAGAGAGCUUUUGGCAAUGGCAGCUAAACAGAGAAAGCCUCAUGCAUCCAGAAACCCCGAUUUGGUUAGGGGUAUUGGAAAGUAUUCAAGAUCUCAGAUGUAUCACAAACGUGGUCUGUGGGCAAUCAAGGCCAAAAACGGCGGAAAAUUCCCACACCAUGACCCCAAGCCCAAGGCAGCCGCCGCCCCAGAAAAACCGCCGAAGUUCUACCCUGCCGAUGAUGUCAAGAAACCGCUUGUUAACAAGCACAAACCAAGAAUCACAAAGCUCAGGUCCAGCAUCACCCCAGGUACCGUGCUUAUCAUCCUUGCUGGUAGGUUCAAGGGCAAGCGAGUGGUUUUCCUAAAGCAGCUGCCAUCUGGGUUGCUUCUCAUCUCUGGACCGUUCAAGGUCAAUGGUGUUCCCUUAAGACGUGUCAAUCAAGCUUAUGUAAUUGGGACUUCAACCAAGGUUGAUAUUUCUGGAGUCAACUUGGAUAAAUUUGAUGACAAGUACUUCGCCAAAAAAUCUGAGAAGAAGAAGAAGAAGGGAGAAGGCGAGUUCUUUGAGGCAGACAAAGAGGACAAAAAUGAGCUCCCUCAGGAGAAGAAGGAUGAUCAAAAGGCUGUGGACACACCAUUGAUUAAAGCAGUUGAAGGAGUUCCAGACUUGAAGACCUACUUGGCUGCUAGGUUUUCUCUCAAGGCAGGCAUGAAGCCUCAUGAACUUUUCUUUUAGAUCAAGUUUUGCCAAGAAUUAGGACUGUUUGUAGUGAUAUUUUCUCUCAUUGUUACCUACCCUUGUCCCUCCCUCCUCCAAAAAGCUAAUCCUUCUCUGGAGUUAAAUUGAGCACAAUGAUCCUACCUCAUUUUAAUAGUGCAUUUGGGCUUUUGUUAUUGUGUCAGGUCAUUUUAUUAGAAGAGACAUUUACCAUCAUCUUUACGACGCAGGAAAUUUACUUAUGUUCUAGUGUAUGGAUAUGUUCAUUGCUGGAAGUUUGUCAUAUCUUUUCAUAGGGC